AAGGUGGUAUUAAUAAAUGAAAUAUUUACAAGAAAAGAAAAUCAAAAAGAGAAAUUAACAGUUAGAGUUUUAGGUUUAUUAAAAGAAAUUAAUAUUGGAUCACAACUUGGCAUACUCGAAUUUGAAGGAUUUUCGAUUGUUUUCUCUCUAAGCUCAUUUAUCUCAAAUUUGCCAUCAAAACUAAACUGCACUAUCAAAUUACUGGUGAACUAUAUAAAACAAAUACAACACAAAAAGAAUAUAUUCAAGAAAAGAAAAUUGGUAUCUGAUGAAAAUAUUAACGAGGAAUUUAUGUUAAAUGCACGAAUUUAUAGAUUAGUGGAAGAUAUAGAUAUUAAUUUAUUUAAAGAAUCCUUAUCAGUAAAAAGAAAAUUUGAAUCCCAAAUUAAUAAAAAUAAAAUAAUGUAA